UACAAUAGUGACAGUGAGGAAGAGUUUGAAAGCAAUUACGAAGUUGUUGCUCCAGACAGAGAAGAAGAUCAAGGUGACAGGGCGAUGGCUCCGAAUGUGGCAGACGUCGCAAAUGCACUCGCAAAUGAACCUCCGUUUGAGGAGCCAUCUUUUAUGCGGGUUCUAGACUUGGAAGCCAUGCAUGCGCCGGAGUUUUCGAAAUAUAUGAGUGCUGAUGGUGAAUUUACAGUCGGAAUGGAAUUCGGUUCCAGGGAAGCUGUUAUUAUGGCGAUGAAAGAUUAUACCAUCCGAAGAGGCGUAGACUACCGGGUGUUUGAGUCGGAGCCUUUGACCUUUUAUGCCAAGUGUACACAGUAUGGAUUAGGGUGUGAUUGGCUUAUCAGGGUUAGCAUGAUCAGCAGAAAGUACUGUUGGGUUAUGAGGAGGUACAACGGUAGUCACACUUGUACUAGAGCCACUAUUUCUCAGGAUCAUUCGAAGUUGGAUUCGAACACAAUUGCAGAAGCAAUAAAGUCAUUGGUUGAGACUGACCCCUCGAUAAAGGUGAAAUCAGUUAUUGCGGAAGUGCAGUCGAAGUUUAAUUACACCAUCAGCCAUCGGAAAGCAUGGUUGGCUAAGCAAAAAUCAGUGGAAAAAAUAUUUGGAGGUUGGGAAGCAUCAUACGAAGCUUUGCUCAUAUGGUUUGAGGCCAUGUGUCAAAAGAAGCCAUCAUCAGUCGUCCAUUUUGAGACUAUGCCUGCAUAUCAAGGCAAUGACUUGGUAACUAAUAUCCGGGUAUUGCAUAGAGUCUUCUGGAGUUAUUACUCCUGCAUUAGAGUGUUCAGACAUUGCAAGCCAGUUGUCCAGGUGGAUGGGACUCACUUGUACAAAAAGUAUAAGGGUUGUCUAUUGGUUGUAGUUUCACAGGAUGGUAACAAUAAUAUCGUCCCAAUUGCGUUUGCUAUUGUGGAGGGAGAGACUUCUGAUGCAUGGCACGUUUUUCUUAGUAACUUGCGACAAUAUGUUGUGACUCGGGAUGGUGUGGGACUGAUUUUUAACCGACACGAAUCCAUCACUGCAGCUGUGGCCCAGAGUAACGGAGCUUGGUCGCCUCCGAGAGCUUUCCACAUGUUUUGCAUUAGGCAUAUAGAGUCGAAUUUUUUGAGAAAGUUCAAGGCAACGUACCUGCAAAAACUUGUAGUCAAUAUAGGCACCGUACUAUGUAUGAAUAAAUACAAUUAA